CGGGGCUCCCCGGGGCCGCCGCCGGGCGCCGCGCGGAGCAGGCAGCGCCCCGGCCGCCCGCGCCUCCGCCGGGGGGCGGCCCCGCGCCGCCGGGCCUCGCCGCCAUCUUGGCCGCUGCCCCGCGAGCGGGCCGCGCCGGGCAGGACGCGGAGAAAAUGAUCCACAGCCUGUUUCUUAUAAACUGUUCUGGUGAUAUAUUCCUGGAGAAGCACUGGAAGAGUGUUGUGAGCCAGUCUGUGUGUGAUUAUUUCUUUGAAGCUCAGGAGAAAGCAAUCGAUGUUGAGAAUGUGCCUCCUGUCAUCUCAACGCCACAUCACUACCUCAUCAGCAUCUAUCGGGAUAAAAUCUUCUUUGUGUCUGUCAUACAGACAGAAGUGCCGCCGCUCUUUGUAAUCGAAUUUCUGCACCGAGUAGCAGAUACUUUCCAGGAUUACUUUGGCGAAUGUUCUGAGACUGCAAUUAAGGACAAUGUAGUUAUUGUGUAUGAGCUUCUGGAAGAAAUGUUAGACAAUGGCUUUCCACUGGCAACAGAAUCCAACAUACUGAAGGAACUGAUUAAGCCUCCCACAAUUCUGCGCUCCGUCGUCAACUCCAUCACAGGCAGCAGUAAUGUGGGUGACACACUUCCCACCGGACAGCUGUCCAACAUUCCUUGGCGCAGAGCAGGGGUAAAAUACACAAACAACGAAGCCUACUUUGAUGUCGUUGAGGAAAUUGAUGCAAUUAUAGACAAAUCAGGUUCCACAGUCUUUGCAGAAAUCCAAGGUGUUAUUGAUUCGUGUAUUAAGCUCUCAGGAAUGCCGGAUCUUUCUCUUUCUUUCAUGAAUCCAAGGCUGCUGGAUGAUGUCAGCUUCCAUCCAUGUAUUCGAUUCAAACGCUGGGAGUCUGAAAGAGUCCUUUCGUUUAUUCCUCCUGAUGGGAAUUUCAGACUGAUCUCAUACCGUGUCAGUUCACAGAACUUGGUGGCAAUUCCUGUAUAUGUGAAGCAUAUGAUCAGCUUUAAGGAGAACAGUUCUUCAGGAAGAUUUGAUGUUACCAUUGGACCAAAACAGAAUAUGGGAAAAACAGUAGAAAGUGUUGUCAUGACAGUUCACAUGCCAAAAGCAGUACUUAACAUGAACCUCACCGCUACGCAGGGCAGCUAUACGUUUGAUCCAGUUACUAAGGUGUUAACGUGGGACGUUGGCAAAAUUACCCCUCAAAAGCUACCGAAUCUGAAGGGCAUAGUGAACCUGCAGUCUGGAGCCCCCAAGCCAGAAGAAAAUCCAAGUUUAAAUAUCCAGUUUAAGAUCCAACAGCUCGCAAUUUCAGGAUUGAAAGUAAAUCGCCUAGACAUGUAUGGAGAAAAAUAUAAGCCUUUUAAAGGUGUCAAAUACAUUACAAAAGCAGGAAAAUUCCAGGUCAGGACAUGAGAAGAUGCUCUACUUCUAAGAGGAAAUUCCCCUUAAAAAAUGACUGCUUAGUGACUUAUGUUGCUAUUAAUUAGGUGCCGAUUAAUUAAUAGACACACUGAUUAGUUUGGGAGCAAAGCAUUUGUGCACAGCAGCUCUUAAAAUGGAAGUGUAGCUUAGUUUUUCUUAUUAUGGCUUUAAAAUAAGGUACCUUUUUUUCUAAUACACCUUUACUUUUUUUUUUCUUUUUUUUUUUAAACUGAAUUGUUGUGCUGGUGAAUCAUUUGGUAUAGGUGAUCCACAAAAUGUUGUAAACAUACACUGCCAGAUACCAAAGCCCAGAGGCCAAGCACAUUAUGAAGGCCAGACAGGCCCUUGGAAAAGUCUUGUAGAGGCACAUUUUGCUGCUGUAGCUGCCUGCAAAGAAAGCUCAGCUGUUCUUACAGCCAGCUGCAAGUUGGCAUUCCACAAAGCAUCAUGUAAUCCCUUCAGAAAUAGAGCAGCCGGGCAGGGGUCCCAGAAGGGCCUGGGACAUAGCAAAUGUCACUCCUGGGAAAGACCUUCUAAUGAAGAAAAAAUAUUUUCCUUGCUGUUUACAAGAAAUCGCCUUUCCUGAGAAGCGUUUGCCUUAAUCAGCUUUCAUUUGUGCCAUCUGCAGAUGAGCUGAUAAAAAUAACAUUCUGCAUUAAUAUGGGAGGUGAUUGUUGCUUCAGUAAUCUACUUUCUUUCCAUUCAAUCUCAUCAUUGUCAUUUUUUUUAAGAAUACAGUUGCAGAGAGUACGAUCUAUUUUUUAUGUGAAGCCUUUGCUUUGGUUUAGAUGUUCCACUUGUUUGAAGUGGAUGCCACCAGAUUUGUGCCAUGUGUAUAUUGGAGUGUAGCUUUUUAGAUAGCACAAUAGAAGUGUCAAGUGUAUUUAAUGGUUGUGUGCUUUAAUGUUAUGAAAUAAAGGGAACUCUACUGCAAACACA